AGCACUUUUGUUUACUUUGCAGCAGAUCAUUCUAACACGGAGACUCAUCCUUACUGGCUACCAUUGAUGAGCGAUUCGCACGCUGAAAUCAAUCCAACAUGUAAUAAGAGUAACAACGCGAAGCGUUUGGAUCGUCGCAUAGGCAGCGGACGCUUAGUCUCUCGUGAAGUUUGUUGGGAUUACAGGUCUAACAGCGGUGGUACUAGAGUAGAAAGGGAGAAAAAUUUUCACGGUAAUUUCACCAGUGUUGAAUCAGCACCAGACAACAGUAAUGAUAACUCUCCACGUGCGGUAUUGCGAUUCCCAGAAGCACGCAAUUGCGAACGUAACCUAGGAGAACGCCGUCCUUACGAUCGUCGUGUGCUAGAAAGUUAUGCACGCAGCGAAAAGCAUGAAAACAAAGAUAACGGAUACAAUACAAGGCGUUAUAAUGCAACUACUUGUGAGGACAACAGCAUAGAUUUAAAUGCUAAUCACCGUUUCCAGCUGUCGCAAUCGUGUAUGAUACAACGCACAAUGUCCUUUAGACGUAGCCAAAAUCAUGCAUUUGAGAAAAAAGAAAAACCAAAACUGAAGGAAAAGGAUAAAGAUGAGCCUGAAUGGUUCAGUGGUGGUCCCACUUCUCAGCACGACACUAUUGAACUGCAUGGCUUUGAGGAAAUUGAUGAACACGAAGACAGCUAUUUUGUAAACGAAAAUGACGAAAAGCACAGUGAUAGUUCAUCGUCUUCGCCUAGUAAUAAUCGAAAGUUGGAAAGUGCAAAUGACCACAAAGCUAUAAUUCUAAAUAAUGUAGAAAAGGAUUUUCAUGCUGAAGAUGGUAUCGAUCAUGCAGAUGAUGAUGAGGGUAUGUCAAUAAAUAAUAACUCAGAUACAAAUGGUCAAGGAAACAAUCACACUAACGAACUUAAGGAUGAAAAAAUUGGCAAACAUUUGUCUUCGGACCAUCUAGCUGAAGUAAAAGACGCAACUUCGCAGAUUUCGCCAUCUAGUAAAUCAGGAAAUGUUGAUGAUAUACUAAAUUUCUUCGAUAUGGAUUCCUUAGAAUAUCCUAUAAUUGCGGGUGAUCAAAACAUUAUUUCAAAUGAGAUAGGAACUUCACGCUUUAGUCGUUGGUUUGUGAACAAGGAGACUAAUAAAGAUGAUGAGUUUGUUCCAGUAGCCAGUCAAAGUAAACCUUAUGGAGAUGACAAAGAAAAAGAAUUAAAGGGUAAUGGAACGGAUUCUCUUAUGGCGUUCUUCAGGAAUAAUCAUUUUCUAACUCCAGAUCUUCCAAAAUCUUUACCUCAUGCCGUGUUAGCAUUGAGUGUUGAGGAGCUGGAGGCUCGCAUGCGCCUUCUUGAUACUAAGAGCGAGCACACAGAAAUACCAGGUUGUGGUGCCAAGCCAAUAAGAAACUCUGGCAGCACCGCCAAUAGGUGUGUUGACCCUCCCGAUUCAUCGCCUUCUCCAAAAACUAAUCAGGAUGUAGAAGCCUUCAAGCGACUGUUAAAUCAACUGGGAGCAGGAGAUAACAAGCCUCGCGACGUUGGGUUGGCGAUCAAUGUAAUGAUGGAUUCACACCCUGAUCGGUUAUUUAGCAGUUCGGCAACAGCAUUGCAAGAAGCGUUAAACGUGGAAAAACAAGGAAUCCUCACACAGUCGAUUCCUGUACCGCUUUCCAAUAUGAUCAGGCAUGAGGAUCUCGCCAAACCAAUGCAAGAACAACACCAAACAAUCUACCAACAAAAGUUUUUGCAAAUGCUGCCGUCAAAUAUACAGCAAGCGGAUCAGUCACAGUAUCAUAUGUCAGCACCAAUACCACCGCAGCACUUUGAGAACGAAACUUUUUCAGCAUUAUCUGUGCAGCCACCUCAAUGUAUGCUACCAUUUAUUUUAGGUCAUCAUCCCCUAAAACAAAUGGAAAUGCAAAAUUUGUUGCAAUCCUUAUCCAAGGGGGAGUUUUCACAAGCUUUUCUGGAAAGGGAGUUGAAGAAUCCCAACGCAUCGCCAUACAUUAAAGAUGUUAUUACUUCCAUACUGAACGAUAGUUCGCGUUCUGUAACCCCUUCGCUGACCACGCAACAAAACUUAAUGUCAAUUCAGACGUCUCCGGUGACCUCCUGUUGUGAAUUGUCACCGCUACGUGCUAAUGGUUCAGCCAAUUCCAAUCCAAUAAAUACUCAUCCUUUUGUGCAUCCAUCAGGUAUAGUCGAAGUGAAUCUGAAUUACAAUGAUCGAGAUUUUAGGAGAUUGCAUUCUCCAUCAAACGGAAGCGAGGUUGUGUCCAAAGUAUUAAACGGAAAUUCGCGUAGUGGUACUCCUGCGGCUGGUGGUAAUGUUAAUUUGAUGGCCCUUACGGCUACAAUGUUCAAUGAGACACAGGCUGUAUCAACAGCACCAGAUAUUAGUAAUAAAACACACUCCAAUUGCCUGGAACAACCCAAAGACCAACAAAAACAAUUAGUCCUGCAGAGUUCGCAACAGCAGGAAAAUUCUGCCCACUUAUUUAUACCAUCUCAACGUGAACUGCAAAUACACACGCAAACGAUUCUGCAGCACGCCUUGAAAAAAAAACUGGAGGAACAACAGCAAGAAGUAGUAUUGCGGCGAAGACAAGAAACACGUAAACAUCAUUUGGAUUUUGAUCUGUUACAACAGCAAGGAAGCAUUCCAGGAAAUAGUACGGUUAACAGUGAACUGAUGAAACCCCAUCAUUUGCACAACCCUCAACCGUCAUCCCGACAUAUAAAUUCACCUACUCCAUUGGCGUUUACACCCACAUCUGUACUAAGAAAAAUGACAGCCGAUAAAGAUGUAUCUUUUCAACAGAACGCAUCUUCUCAAACCUCUCCACAACAUAAUCAGCAACAGCAACAACACUAUCACUUACAACAUAUGCAACAACAACAUUCACAAACGCAGCAGAGUGGAAAUCCUUCGUGUGACAUAUUUCCACUGCAACAACAACAUAUUCAACAUCAAAUUCAGCAUCAGCAUCCACAAACCUCUCAACCCAGAAUGAUUCUUGGUAGCGGCAGUGUACAUCAAGAAUCCCAGCAACAUCAUCAUCUAAUAUCAUCGAAAACAGCACAGCAAGUAUCACCUUUAAAAUCACAACAGCAACCGCAACAGAUAUCCCCACAACAUCAUCGCCAUCAGCCUGGUCACCUACGAAAUCAACAACUUCUUAAAUGGCCGUCUCCAACAAUCAAUUCUAAUAUCGUUACAAUUAGUAAACCUAUAGGACGUCCAAUUCUUAAGGGACCGAUGACUACUUUACAAAUGCCACAAGUACAACAUUUGACACCAACAUCACAAACGCAGCCACAUCCUACAGUGGGGCAAAAUCAACAAAAGCAGUCAACACAGCACCAGCAACAACAAAUUUUACCUCACAUAACGCAUGCUACAAAGCUGGAAUUACAACAACUGCAGCAACAUCAAUCCAAAGGCAAUCAUACAUCAACUCAGCAUAUGCAGCUGGUUAUUAAUCAAUCGUUUCCGCCUCCGCACAUCUUUCCACAGUCAUUAGCCAAUGCUCAGAAUAUUAAUAGUAUGGCUCAGUUACAUCAACAACAGCAUCAACAUAUAUAUCAGCAACGAUCUUUAUCUGUUCAAAAACUAUUGCAGCAACAAAAUCAAAAACAUAUGCAGCAACACGAAGUGGUUAGCGGUCAUCCAAAUCUUUCGGGUUCCCAUCUCGCGGCUGCUAAUAACGCAAUGGCUCCAAAUUUAAAUUAUCAGCGAGACGGUUGCUUAUCACCUACUAGUAAUCAAUUGGCUCAAUGGUUUUCACCCGAACUAUUAGCCCAAGCAUCAGCCGGAAAACUUCCCCUAUUAAAUUUAAACCAGGCGCUCAGUUUAGAAGAGUUCGAACGUAGUAUUCAACAUUCCUCAACAGUUGUCCAUAACUAAAGGCAAGCAAAAGUGUUACUAAAUUAAAUCACAAAAUGAAUAUUAUAACCAUAAUUAUAUUCAGGUUUAGUUGUAAACCAUUUUCUAGUUACUUAAAGUUUUUAUUUCUUUGAUUAUUUAAAUUCAAAACAUACAAACAUUUAUGCGACAUCUACUACAUUCAUAAAUUGUUUGAAUAAAUAUCAGCCCUUAUUUACAUUUUACCAAAAU